CGAGUUUAAAGAUCAUCAGCGAAAAGAUAAGAGAAAAUCAGUAUCUGAUAGGAUAUAAACUAAUUCGUAUCUACAUACAGUUGAAGGUGGUGAACAACAGUUGUGAAACGCUGCAUCAAGACAACCGCAAAAUGUCCAAACUUCUUCCUUUACUAGUUUUGGCUUUGGUUGCCAGUUUUGCAGCAUCUUCUAUAAUGAGAGAAGGUCGACUAAGUGGAGCUGAGAGAAUGAAUGAGCCAGAAAUAAAACAAUGUCUUCUAUCUAAAGUUUGUAUCAUAACUAUGGAUUUAACUCCUACUUGUGCUUCCGAUGGAAAGACAUACCCUAACAGAGGAUCAAUAGACUGUUUGAACGAAUGUUUGAAACCUGAGGAGAAAGUAUCGAUUGUGUCAGGAGGUUAUUGUGAAGGAGAUAUUAGCAACUAAUAAAGUUACCAAUCUAAACCCAAGAACUUUGGAAUUUGGCCAGUUUAACCCAGAGUGGUAU